AUGGAAGGUUGUAGGUCAAGGGAGUAUCAGAUAUAUGAAAUUGGAGGGGGAUCAGGGACCUGUGCCAAAGGCAUUAUGGAUUAUCUCAAGUUGAAUGCACCUACAAGAGUCUACAAUAGUUUGACAUAUAUCUCUAUAGAAAUUAGUUCUUCACUGGCUAAGAAGCAGAUGGAAACUGUUGGAGCAGUUCAAAGUCAUUUGUCAAGGUUUAGAGUAGAGUGUCGCGAUGCUGCUAACCGUAGUGGAUGGGGGGAAGCAGAUCAACAACCUUGUUGGGUUAUUAUGUUUAGAGGUCUCUUUACGAUGACUAUCUCAAUCCUCUUGAUGCCUUCACAUGUUGACACUGGAAGCUGA